ACAGUCACCAACUGUAAGAUCGAGACAACUGGGGUUCUCUGCUAGUUUUUUGCUUCAAGUCUCUUCCUCAUUGAUUCUUAGGUUUCAUCUGGUCAAACACCAAACUUUAAGAGCAAACUGGUUUUCUUAUUGCUUUUUUGCUUUUCAGUUUCUUCCUGAAUCCUGAUCAGUGGUUCCUCGAUGGGUUCUAUUGGUUUCCAAAUCCCAGAGUGUCCCCUUAUUUUCUGAUCACCCUAUAUACAAUUGAAUUGUCCACUGAUUCAGGGUUCAGUUUCGACUUUACUAUAAGAAAUGGCCAAUCCAGUAGAUGUUUUCGCCGGGGCUGGUGGAGGAUUACUGUUCAGUGUGCUCUAUGAAGCCCUCAAGGAGCUGACCAUCAAGUAUUUGCUGUUCAAGCAUGUCCUCAAAAGCGUCAAAUCCACACUCAAAUCCCUGGAGAACGUGACUCAAGAGAUUGCAAAACUCAACGAUGAUCUGGAUCGGCCGAAGGAAGAAAUGGCUGGCCUGAAAACCCAACUCGACGAGGGCAAAGUGCUCGUUGACAAGUGCCGCAAGGUUCGUGCGUGGAGGGUGGACAAGACGUACAAGUACUCCAGGAAACUUAUUGGCUGGAAUGACAGUCUUAAAGAACAGUAUGAGAUACUCAACGUUUUUGCACUGAGAAAUGGGUUGGAGACCUUGAAAACGGUGAAGGGAACAGAGAAGACAGUUAACCAAAUCGAAUCGAGCAAUGUCACUAUAAAGGAGGGAGUGGAGGAUCUUCAGAUCAACAAUGAAGAUUUAAAGAUUGCGGUGAACCGGGUGGAAGCGAUUACUUUGAAUAUAGAGGCUGCGAUGAAGCAGCCACAAAAGGAAGCUGAAAUUGAAGCUUGGGGUGAAGUACCUGACCUUCCAACUCUUACAGUUGGAUUGGAUGGGCCUCUGAAUGAACUGAAGAUGAUGAUGUUCAACGAUGAAGUGUCAAUGGUUGUGCUGACCGCUCCUGGAGGGUGUGGAAAAACCACUUUGGCAACGAAGUUCUGUCGAGACAAGAAAGUCCAAGAGAAAUUCAAGAACAAUAUCUUCUUUGUCACUGUUUCCAAAACGCCAAACUUCUGCCUUAUUGUACAAGAGCUAUACAAAAGCAAGGGUAACCUGCAGGUACCUACUUUUAAAGACGACGAAAAUGCAGUAAAGUGGCUGCAGACGUUUGUGAAGGAACAAGGACAAGACCCUUUACUAGUAGUCCUGGAUGAUGUUUGGUCUGGAUCAGAAUACUUACUUCACAAGUUCGACUUCAAAAUGCCUAAUUACAAGGUUUUAGUGACAUCAAGAUCUGAAUUUCCAGGAUGUGGCUCUCCAUAUCAUUUGCAGUCAUUGGAUUUUGACAAUGCAAUGACACUCUUUCAUCAUGAAGCAUCCUUGGGAGAAAAGACUUUGGAUAUUCCACAAGAUAUUAUAAGAAAGGUAGUAGAGGGCUGCAAGGGAUUUCCACUUGCUAUAACAGUGGCCGCAAAAUCACUUUGCGGACGGCCUAUAGAGGAUUGGGAGAAAAGACUUGUUGAAUGGUCCAAAGGUUCUUCGAUUCUCGAUUCCGAGAUUCAAUUGCUUCUUCGCCUCCAAACCAGUUUAGAUGUCUCGAACAAGGAAAUGAUUAUGGUCAGAGAAUGUUUCUUAGACCUAGGGUCAUUUCCAGAAGAUAAAAGAAUUCCUGUUGCUGCCCUCAUUGAUAUCUGGACGGAGUCUUAUGAUUCACUGGAUGAAGACAUUUUAUGUGUUGCAAACCUCCACCAGAUCACCAACCGAAGUCUGGCUACUCUUGUAGUCACAAGAAAGGACAAGCUGCAGGGGGAUGGAUACUACACUGAGCAUUUUGUUACCCAGCAUGAUCUGCUUCGAGAGCUGGCUAUCUAUGAGUCAACACUAGAGGACACCGAACAGAGAGAAAGACUGAUCAUAAACAUAUCCAAAGACAAUUUUCCCAAGUGGUGGAGGGAACAGAAGUAUCAAUGCAUGAAGGCUCGCCUGUUAUCUAUCUCAACUGAUGGAGCAUUUUCAACAAACUGGCCUGACAUGGAACUACCAGAAGCUGAGGUUCUAGUCUUGAAUUUUCAGACCAAGAACUAUGCAUUACCCCCAUUUGUGGAGAAAAUGGUGAAGUUGAAAGUAUUGAUACUCACAAGUUAUGGUAUUGUACCUUCAGAAGUAACAAACUUCCAGUUACUCUGUACUUCAUCAAAUCUGAAGAGAAUGAGAUUAGAACGCAUCUCAAUUCCAUCCAUAGCCAAGCACCCCAUUCAAUUCAGUAGUCUACAGAAGAUUUCUUUGUUCAUGUGUAAUAUCGGUCAAGCUUUCAGCGACGGAUCAAUCCAACUUUCACAUGCAUGGCCAAAUCUAGUGGAAAUGAACAUUGACUAUUGCAAUGACUUGGUGGCAUUGCCUGCUGACACCAGUGACUUAAUUCUUCUAAAGAAGCUCAGCAUCACCAACAAUCAUAAGCUAAUUGCCUUGCCUGAAGAUAUUGGAAAGCUGGCCAAAUUGGAACUAUUGAGGCUAAGGUCUUGUUCAGGCUUAGAGGAAUUGCCAGGUUCAACUGGGAACCUGAAAAAGCUAAACUUCCUUGAUAUAUCUUACUGCUUCAGCAUUAAGGAGUUGCCUGAAAAUUUCGGAGAACUGAGCAGCUUAAGAAAGCUUAACAUGAGAGACUGCUCAAGACUGACAGAGCUGCCUCUAUCAGUUCCAAGUCUGGAGCAUUUACAAGUGAUAGGUGAUGAUGAUACAAAAAGUUUAUGGCAACCCUUCUUACCUAUCAAAGGCACAAACAUACAGUUGGCCAAAGAUAAUGUCAACCUAAACUGGCUCCACAAAUAUCAGUUUUGAGAGCUGCCUGUGUACGGUUCUUUGUCCCCUCAUUUCCUUCUGCUUUUUGGAUU